AUGCAGCCAUCGUACAAGGUCUUCUCGCUAGGGCUGGUGUGCAUUGUCGCUAGCCAUCUUGCACACUCUGCCGCGCACAGCGAACACACCGACGAACGCCUGGAACGUGCCAAACGAUGGCUCAACUAUCCCAUCAACGGUGGGUUGGCGAAGGUUGUGCUCGGUUUUGUAGUGCCCAUUCGCUUCCACCAUCCACUGGCGCGCGUCAUCGUGAACACGUACAAUCUGCAGGCCAGCUAUCGCAUUCCGGCCAACAUCAUCUAUCCCCAACCCGAGUCGGUGUUUAAAAAUCGUGAACUAGACCCAACCGUGUCCCGUGCGCAAGAGAAACCACCGGAGCGAGGGCCAGAGAUCGAUCAGAGCAGGCGACAGUUUUUCGCCCUGCUCGAGCAGGGCCUGUCCCGGUGGGGUCGUAAUGGACGGGUGUGUCUGUUGCGGGCCGUGUGCGAGGUUGCUGAAACACCGCUCAAACACAACGGAUUGAUUGGCGAAAUAAUCGAUGUGAUUUUCACCCCAGCACCGACAGAUCCACUCGACCCGGACUAUCUGCUGGCCCAAUCGCACGGCCUGCAAGGACGUGACUGCAUCGGACUAUAUCCGGCCUGUCCGAAUGGGCACGGUCUCUUUGACAAUUUUUCCCUCCUAGUACCAAACCAACCGCAAUUCUCACUGGAACAAUGA